UGUGUGUGUGUGUAUAUAAAUAAAUUAAAUAAUAUAUAUAUAUUUUUUUUUAAUUCGUGAUCCAAUCGAAAGGAAGGAAAAGUAAAGUAAAAGAUUCCUUCUGAUCAUACAGAUGGAAGUCUUGGUGAUAAUGAAAACUGAUUUGAACCUAGAGUUUCUUUGCUUGCUUGUUUCUUUUUUACUAUAACUAUUGGAUUAUGCUGUGAUGUAAAAAUUAAAUAAAAUCAUUUAACUUGGUGUGUGUGUACUGUAUGUACACCAGACACUGGGCCUGUCCUCUGCCUCCACUGGUAUGUUCUAUAACGGAGCUGGAGACUUGGUCCUACACUUCAUCGCCCAGUGCAACUCCCAGCUGACGGAGAUCCUGGCUGAACAACACAACCAGGUCCAGGUUGGCCAGGCAGAACCAAAGAAGACUGCUGACUUUCUAAGAGAUGCUGUCGAGACCAGACUGAGGAUGCACAUCCCAUACAUGGAAUCUUGGCCACAGGCGAUGAGCAUCCUGCUGCUUCCUCACAACAUCCCCGACAGCCUGAAGCACCUCUCCACCCUGGUGGAUGACAUGUGGUACUAUGCUGGUGACCGCUCCACAGACGUGAGUGGAUCCCAUCGCCCUCGAUCCCCUUCUUCCUCUUCUUCUUCUUCUGCUCACACCUUCCUGUCCCCCUUUCAUCACCACCUGCAUAAUUUCAGGCCAGCCACCUCCCAGGUUACUCCCCCCACCAACACCUGACUCUGUGUUGACACUGUGGCCAGAGAUGUGACUUGUUCCUGAUUAUUUGGCAGAUGCUUCCUUAAAAUGUUUAUCUGUAUGUCUUAUCAUAACUCCAGUCAGAAGUUAGAUAAUCGUUCCAAACCAAUGCUCGGCUCUCAUUAGCUUAUCCUUUCGUAAGUUGCCAUGGUCUAAGCAUGAUAUUGUCUUCAUACUGUGAGAUAAUGGACUUUCAAAGUGUUCUUCACCUCAGCCCCAUUCAUUUUGAUGUUACACUGGGACACUAAUACUACUAUUAUAUGUAUGUAUGUAUAUAUGUGUGUGUAUAUGUGUGUGUAUGUGUGUAUAUGUGUAUGUAUGUGUA